ACCGCAUUUUUUUUUUUUGCCUUGCCCCUCAUCACUACGCCCCAGCUCCAAGCCUCUCCUUUUCCCCUCUCACUCCUUUUCACUUGCCACUUUGCUCAAAUCCACCAUCCCCACACCUCUUUCUUUCUCUUUCUCAGUGACUGUUCCACUGCCCUGGCUUAGCCAUCUCUCUCAGUCUCUCUCUCCUCAUCUCCUCUCCUCUCCUCUCUUUGUCUAUCUCUUUCUUUCUGCUCUCUUCUUUCCUCUUCUUUGAUCGCCGGACCACCGCUGAUAUAACUCCUUCCCCUCCAUGGCCUCCUCUUAAUUCUUCAAGAAGUAUAUGAUCGCUUGAUCCCAAGAAGUAGUGGGUUGGCUAGGAGCUUGGUGUCCCCCAUUUGAUCAUUGAGCUAGCUGCAAGGCUGUAACUUUUCCAUUGUUUCAUCUUCCAAUGCUGCAGAGGAACCUGCCAAAUCUCUCCCUCCAGAUAAGCCCGCCGGCAGCCUCGUCAGCCGCGUCUUCUGACGGACCGGUGGUGGCGAAGCCUCUGCCGGCAGAACCAAGCACGGCGACGUACGCUGAAGGAAGCGGCGAUGUAGGGUUCUUUGCAAACCCUAGCCCCGGCGCGGAGCCCCCGGGCCUGAGCCUGGGCCUGUGCACGCCGGCGCAUGACGAGGAGUCCGGACGCCGCGGCCACCUCCAGCCGCAGGGAUGCGCGUUCAAGCGCUCGGCCAGGGCGUCCCUACCGGGGUCGAAGCGGAGCGCCCGGGCGCCGCGGAUGCGGUGGACCACCGCGCUCCACGCGCGCUUCGUGCACGCCGUUGAGCUCCUCGGCGGCCAUGAGAGAGCGACGCCGAAGUCGGUGCUGGAGCUGAUGAACGUCAAGGAUCUGACGCUGGCGCAUGUCAAGAGCCACCUUCAGAUGUAUAGGACCGUCAGGAGCACAGACAGAUCGCUGCACAUCGCUGCAGGCGAGGCGUUGCGACUGCAGAGGACGACAGGGGUGGAGGCGGCGGCAGCGGCAGCAGGAGGCGGCGGUGAUGGUGCUGGAGGUGGGGUGGUACCGGUGCCAGCGGCAUGUGACGACAUGGUUGGGAUCUGCGGCUCUCCUGUGGCGACUACUUCCGCUGCUUAUUUCCUCUGUGCUCCAGCAGCAACUGCUCCACCGGCGGUAGUACCGUCACCUCCUCCACCCAUUCCCCCGAGGAGGACUGACCACACAGCAGUGCUGGAAAAAGGUGUUGCAAAUGUUGACUCAUUGUACCGGUGUCAGAAACAUAUUUACUCAUCACCAGUGCUUCAAGAUACUCAGUAUCAGGCAGUUCAAGACGAGGUAAACGGUCACCUGACAAUGGGACUGCAUGCGAGUGUGGAAGCCACGAACAGCUCAUCAAGCCCAGCGAGCUCCUCUCCAUCUCUUGCAAGCCUGGAGCUGCUGACGGACGACAUGUACGCACCGAACCUGGAGAUCUCCCUCGGGAGGCAGGACUGGAACAUGGAGCAUCCAGAAGGACUAAGCCUAAAAUACCUGUGAAAAAAGAAGAAUUUUUCUUGUUGGUUUCACUCAACUAACCAUUGAUGGAUCAACCAUUGUGACAACCUGAUCAGUAUUCAUGAAGUAAGCGUAUGGAACUAUGGAUCAUAUGUGUGGACUAGGGCAAGAUUUGAUGGAUGCUUUUUUUGGUGUACAUAUACAGCACAAGUGUUUUUCCCUUUUGGGUUUGUAACUUAACAGAAAACCUGGCUGUGUCGAAUUCUCUCUCGAGACGACGGACGACGGUGCUGAAGAGACGAGAGCGCGGAGCAGGGCCAACCGGAGCCGGUCGACGGAGGAGUCCACGGCCCACCGUGCUUGUAGCGUCGAGAAGCCAUCGCGAGGACAGUAACGGCCGAAGCAUCGGACGAGACGGCCGUCGGAGCAAUCGCCUGCGAUCUGGAGCGCGCCGUCGUUGGGGUUUCCGCGAUCAACACCGUGGGAUUCGUGUGGAUUCGGCCAGGCCAAGUUUGCCCGGCGUGCCGAGGGGGACCAGAUUUGCCAACACGGUCCAUGUCACGGUCCAGCCCAAGGCAGCGAUGUCAGUCCAUGCAGUAAGGGCG